UCGUGCCACUCUUCACUUGAUUCACAUGUGAGCUACCUAAACUUCCACAGAUAAAACUUGACUUUUAAUGAAUCGCCAUCGCGCGACGUUUUUAUUGAUAGUAUAGCUAGUGAUAAGUGAAAUAAAUACAUCAUCCUGUGGCAAUUAAAUCUAAAAUGAACGCUUUAAUAAAAUUUAUUGUUCUAUUAAUCGCCUUGGCAAUAGGUAACGUAAUUUAUAAAAUAAAUACUAAGGAGUCGGUAAAAGUGCCUCCGGAAACGUGGUGGGGGCCGGGAGAUCCCUCAAAAGAGGACACAAGGAUUGUUCCUUUCAAAAUCCAAGUGCCUAACCAGAUUUUGGAAGACUUGCGCCAAAGACUGAAAAAUGCUCGCAAAUUCGCGCCCCCUCUCGAAGGCGUCCACCAGCACUACGGCAUAAACACAAACCUCCUAAAGGAAAUAGUCAACUACUGGCUCACGAAAUACGACUGGCGAGAACGGGAGAAUUUCCUCAACCAAUACCCCCAGUUCAAGACAAACAUUCAAGGCUUGGACGUCCACUUCAUCCACGUUAAACCCAAAAACGUGCCCAGUGGAGUUAAAACCCAGCCUUUGCUUCUUGUGCACGGCUGGCCCGGUUCUGUCCGGGAGUUCUACGAGAUAAUCCCGCUCCUCACCACGGUCCAGAAAGACAAGAAAUUCGUUUUUGAAGUCAUUAUUCCCUCCUUGCCCGGGUACGGAUUUUCGCAAGCGGCAGUCAGACCCGGUCUAGGGGCGCACCAAACGGCUGUGAUUUUCAAGAACUUGAUGAAGCGGUUGGGUUUUGAUAGGUACUAUGUCCAAGGGGGUGAUUGGGGCUCGGCUGUCACGUCUGCAAUGGCGUUGUAUUAUCCUGAUAGGGUUAAAGGGAUUCAUUUGAAUAUGUGUGUCUCGAAUAGCUAUUUGGCGAAGUUAAAGCUUCUAGCUGGGAGCGUUUGGCCAAGUUUGGUCGUUGAAGAGAAGCAAAAACAUAAGAUAUACCCACUGUCUAAUUACUUCUCUAAUGCCUUAUUGGAAUUUGGUUAUAUGCAUCUUCAAGCAACAAAACCUGAUACUAUUGGUGUUGCACUUAAUGAUUCUCCUGUAGGAUUGGCCGCUUAUAUUAUUGAAAAAUUCACCACUUGGACUAACCCGGAAUGGAAAAAUCGCGCAGAUGGGGGGUUGCUUGAAAGGUUCACUUAUGACAAAAUUCUGGACAAUAUCAUGAUUUAUUGGGUGACGAAUUCCAUAACAACGUCCAUGCGAAUCUACGCGGAAUCAAUUAACAAAGAAAGUAAUGUUUUCGAUGACAGGGCUGUUAUAACCGUCCCUUCAGCUUGUGCGCUUUUUGACCACGAAAUUAUCUAUCAGCCCGUCUCUAUUUUCAAAGACAGAUUUGCCAAACUUGUACAAGUUAAUGAAUAUGAUGGUGGGCAUUUUGCGGCCUUUGAAGUACCAGAGUCGUUGGCAAAGGAUAUAUGGUUGGCUGUUUCAAAGUUCGAGGAACCUCCAAAGCCAAAUAAAUGAUCUUGUUUUAUGAUGUUUUUGUGAUUUUUAAUUUGUUGUUGAAAAUGCAAAAAUAAUAAAUGUGGUUUUUUAGUC